AUGGACAGAAUGAGUAUUCUCUCCUUACUACUCCUUUGCUUGACUUCGGUUGCCAAUGGCAACAAAGCCAAUAAGCACAAGCCAUGGAUCGAGACGGAGUACCAGGGGAUUGUGAUGGAGAACGACAACACCGUGCUGCUCAACCCCCCCCUCUUUGCCCUGGACAAAGAUGCUCCACUUCACUAUGCUGGUGAGAUCUGUGGCUUCCGGGUCCACAAUGGUCCCUCCGGUUCGGGGUCUGUCCAGUUUGAAGCCGUGGUCCUGGACCGCUCCACCGGCGAGGGCCUGGUCCGCUCCAAGGAGCCGCUGGACUGCGAGAGCCAGCGCGAGCACAGCUUCACCAUCCAGGCCUACGACUGCGGCGAGGGACCUGAUGGAGUCAACAGCAAGAAAUCCCACAAGGCCACCGUGCACGUCCGUGUUAAUGACGUCAAUGAGUUCUCCCCCGUGUUCGUGGAGCGCCGCUACGAGGCGUCCGUCCCAGAGGGCCGUCUGUUUGAUCGGAUCGUGCGUGUGGAGGCCCUGGACGCCGACUGCUCCCCCCAGUACAGCCAGAUCUGCUUCUAUGACAUCAUCACUCCCAAUGUGCCCUUCGCCAUUGACAACGACGGUAACAUUAAGAACACUGAGCCCUUGGAUUCCAAGCAUCAGCGCGUCCACACCUUCUGGGUGACCGCCUUCGACUGUGGAAAGAACCGCGCCCAGGCCGACGCUCAGGUCGUGGUCACGGUGAAGCCGUCCUGCAAACCGGGAUGGAUCGGAUGGACCAAGCGUGUGGAGUACACACCCGGGUCAGGUAGCAUCCCCCUGUUUCCCAGUUUGCAUUUGGAGACGUGCGAAGAGACCGUGUGGAACAUCCAGGCCACCGUAGACCUCCAGACCGGCCACAUCGGGAAGGGCUGUGACAGAGACAGCUACUCGGACAGAUCCGUGCGCAGACUGUGUGGUGCCGUCAGGGGUGAAGUCGACCUCCUCCCGCCUCCAUCUCCUGCUGCCAACUGGACCUCAGCUCUGCCCACUCUGCCCUCCUCCGACUCGUCACUGGUCUUCUCCUUCAACGGAUCCAACCACGUUGCCGUGGUGCCGGACUCGGUUGUCUCAGCGUUGUCAGGCGACCACUUCACCUUGCAGCUGUGGAUUCGAAGGGGCGGCGCCAACAUCCAGCCCUCGACCACUCCGACCAGAGGAAGUCGCAAAGACGAGGAGACCAUCGUGUGCAGCACUGUCAAGAACGACGACUCCUUCUCCCACUACUCCCUCUCCGUCCACGGAUGUCGCCUCUCUCUCUUCUACUGGCCCGACGUCUCGGCUGCACGGCCCGUCAAGUUCUUGUGGAAACUGGAGCAGGUGUGCGACAGCGAGUGGCAUCACCUCUCGCUCAGCGUCCAGUUCCCCUCUGUGACCCUGUAUGUGGACGGCGUGACCUUCGACCCCGCUCUCAUCCAUGACAACGGUGCCAUCCCCAACCCCGCCCCCCGCCAGAGGAUGUCCAUCGGCGCUUGCUGGGAGCUCGAGGAGAAGCAGAAGGAAAUACUGAACAACACCAUCCCAGAGGGGAAAGACUCAGUGAAGUAUGUGGGCGGUUACCACGGCCUGUUGUCGGGGGUGACGGUGCGUCCUGGCAGCGUGGAGCCUCACAGCGUGGUGGAGUGUCUGUACGCCUGCAGGGAGGGGCUGGACUUUGGAGACCUGGAGACUCUGGGCUCUGGCAUGAAGGUUCACGUGAACCCCAGUCAGUCGGUGUUGGUGCUGGAAGGAGACGACAUCGAGAGCUUUAACCGGGCCGUGCAGCAGGUCACCUACAGAAACUCUCUCCGCUUCGCCACCCCUGGAGUCCGACCCCUCAAACUGAGCACCUCACUCAGAUGUUUCAACGAGGAGAGCUGCCUGUCGCUCAAACAGCUGGAGGGAUACCUGGUGGUCCUCCAGCCCGACGCCCCGCAGAUCUCUCUGUCUGGCGUCGGCCCUCAUCUGGCUCGUCCUGCCCCUGAGUUCGAGGCCCCCCGCGGUGUCCCACUGUUCCCAGAGCUCCGCAUCGUCUGCUCCCUGUCGCACGCUGUCAACACGGCUGCACAGGGGAUGGAGGGUGGAGCUCUGAUGUCCGACGCUGUGGCUCACACCUUGGACGGCUGUGAGGUGCAACCACUGGGGGAGGAGCUCAACCCAGAGAGGGAGGAGCUUCUGGUGGACAUGGAUGUGGUGCGAGAGAGGGGACUGGAAAUCAUCAAUACCACAGCUUAUAUUGCCAUCACAGGUGCCGAAUCCAUCUCUGUGUACGAGGACGUCCUUCGCUCGGUCCGCUACCGACUGGCCAAAGGCUCAGCCCGCUUUGAGAGGCGGUUCCGCCUGUCCUGCUCCGAGAUGAAUGGAAGAUACACCAGCAACGAGUUGACUCUGGAGGUGAACUUCCUCCACUCUCUGGACAGUCUGUACCACCCGUCCCACCUGCUGGCCUCCCAGCAGCAGUUUCUUCAUCCGUCCCACCAUGCUGGGGAGCUGAGUGGACACACCCUUCCCAAUCCACACCGCAACUCAGUUGUACCAGGAGCAGCUACCGUCAUCAUAAUGGUGUGCGUGGGUUUCCUGGUUGUCAUGGUAAUCCUGGGCGUUUUCCGAAUUCGCUCCAUCCAUCGGCGUGGUGAAGGCGCCAGGGGCGGGGCUAAGGAAGGUAGCAGCCAAUGGGACGACUCUGCCCUCACCAUCAUCGUCAACCCGAUGGAGACCUACGAGUCUCGCAUGGGAAUCUGCACCGACAACGAAGGGGAGGUGGAGGAGGAAGAGGAGGGGGCGGAGUCACCUGACGACGCCAGCGACGACCAGCGAAUCAUCAUCAAGAAAGAGGGGAGAGACGGCACCGCCCGUCGCUACUGA